AUGGGCGGACAACGACCCGAGCUUACGGGCCCUCCUGAGCUUUUUUAUAGUGAGGCUGAAGCAAAAAAGUACUCGCAGUCUUCAAGAUAUGCCAAAAUCCAGAGAGAACUUGCCUUUCGCGCAUACGAGUUACUAGCCUUGCCCUCGUUGGAUGGCAAUGACCAGGAGGAAGACGAGCCUCGCUCUCUAUUUAAUCCAAAGCCAUGCAUCCCCUCGCUUUUACUGGAUAUUGGAGUUGGAUCUGGAAUGUGUGCCUCUGUUCUUGGGGAAAAUAACCAUGCAUGGAUUGGUUUGGACAUUUCUGUACCGAUGCUUCACGGCUCUGAAAAUAAUUAUAGCGAUGCUAGUGACUGUAGCGAUGACAGCUAUGACAAAGAGUCCGAUAACCAGCACCAGAAUGGUGAUUUGGUUUUAGGAGACAUGGGCGAUGGUCUUGGCUUUAGAGCCGGAUCCUUUGAUGGCGCCAUCUCUGUAUCUGCCCUUCAAUGGCUUUGCAAUGCCGACACAAGGGAGGCAAGCCCAAAACUCCGUUUACGUCGCUUAUUUUCUUCGCUGUACUCUACGUUGAGAAUUGGCGCGAGGGCUGUGUUUCAAUUUUAUCCAGAAAACGCUGCCCAAAUUGAAAUGAUCCUAAAUGUGGCUUUAAAGGUAGGCUUCAACGGCGGCAUGGUGGUGGACUUCCCAAAUGCACCCCGCAGAAAGAAAUAUUUUCUCGUCCUGAUUGUGGGGCAAGCCUCGCUUCCCAAAGGAAAGGAUGACACGCCGCUCAGGCAGAUUCGGCAUAGGCGAAAAAAGAACCUCAAAGACAAGGCAUGGGUCCUUCGCAAAAAGGACCUUCGCCGAAAGCGGGGAUUUGAAGAUGUGCCGCAAGAUACCAAAUACACUGCUAGGAAAAGAGGCCCUCGCUUUUAA